CUUCCAGAACAAACAGGAAGUUCUAAAGUUGGCUCUGGCUUUAGGAGGACGUCAGAUCCCUCAGAGCAGCCCCAUGAUGGAGGUGGGCUGAUGCCCAAAGCCAAGAAUGACUGAAUUCCCCUCUCACACUGCUGAGACAUGCAACUUGUGGAGAGAUUCUUCAGAUGAGUCUGACUUCUGUGGUUUCCUGGAGUCUGGUGUCAGGCUAUAAAACCCUGCUGGGAGCAGGAUGAGACCCCAGAAGCUGCUCCACCUCGAAGGGACCCACAGAAGGCUGUGAUGGAGAACCUGCUGCCCCUCCUGCUGCCCCUCGUGCUGGUGAUGUGCCCCCCAGUCAGCAGCUAUUACCCCUGGAAGUGGAGGGAGAGAGGAGAAGUCAGGAUACAGCCUGCUCCCUACGUGGCCUUCCUGCAGGGCAAGGACAACCAGUCCUGUGGAGGCUUCCUGGUGGCUCCUGCCUGGGUGAUGACAGCAGCUCAGUGCCUUCAGCACAAACCCCUGACUGUCAUCCUGGGAGCCCAAACCCUGCAAAGGAGAGAGGAAAGCUGGCAAACCUUCCAGGUGAAGGAGUACCACAGCUACCCAGGCUACACCAGCCCUAAGAUGGGCAAGGACAUCCUUCUGCUGAAGCUGAAUGGCACUGCCAAAAGCAAUGGCCACGUCAGGCCCAUUUCCUUUUUGGAGAAAACCAAAAUUUGGGGUGGCACCCAGUGCAGGCUGGUUGGCUGGGGUGACAGGACAGCCACUGUCACCAUCAUCAGCCAGAGGGACUGCCUCAACCAAGACCCAGGCCUUGCUGAUGACUUGAUUUGUGGCCAGAGCAAAUCCUCCAAGCUACCUGAAAAGGGUGAUGCUGGGGAUCCUCUGGUCUGCAACAACAAAGCCUUUGGCAUCUUCUCCUACAGGCACAACAACUGGCCUGGCUUCUACACACACAUUUCUCCUUACCUCCCCUGGGUGCACAGUGUCAUGAAGUGCCUGUGACCCUGCUCCCCCUGCAGAGCUCACCCUCAGAGCCCCAUCCUCACCAGCUUUUCCUUCCCUUCCCUUCCCUUCCCUUCCCUUCCCUUCCCUUCCCUUCCCUUCCCUUCCCUUCCCUUCCCUUC